CAGACGUCCACUCACUUCGCUCACCCUCGCACCACUCACUCACUCACUCACUCACUCACGUCCCCAUAUUGAAGUUCUCUCGUGCCUGCAACCUAUUGCAUAUGGUGUUGACUUGGAGGUUCACACUGAAGAAAGAUAUCAAAGAACGACUUGCACGACUGAAGGAAUUCGAGACGGAGUAAAAGAAAGGAUUAUAGGAAAAGGGGAAGAAGCUACAGAGCUAAACAACCGCUACAUUGUCGCCCGCCAUGUCACUCCAAAACGGCGCCUACACCCACCAAGGCUACUCCGCGCCGCCCUACAGCCAGGGAUACAAUCAACCACCAGGAGGUCAAAUGUACGCCAACGACGAGCAGGUCACGCAAGUAUACUACUACAACAACGACGACGCCGCAUCAAUAUCAUCGCGAAGCAUCUCGCGUCAGCAGUACUGGUACGGUCAACAACCCGGCGGCGGCCGAAGCUGUCGAUCCAGUGGCAGCGCAAAAUCACCCGAGAAUGAGCGUUUCAACCGCAAGAGGAGGCAGUGCACGUACAUGUACUACGUCCUGCGCCAGCUCGCCAUCAUCGUGCCUUUGGUCGUUAUCUUUCUGAAUAUCAAUAUCUAUUGCUCGCGGAGGGGCAAGUACCUCAACAACUCGACGAGCCCUGCGGAUCCUGUUUUUUACAGCCUGUGGUUGUCUGUACCAAUUUCGUGUAUUCUUCUCAUCUGGUCACUCAUCACGGUCAUCUGGCGCAAGAGAGAUGCCUACCGAGGCGGCAUUCCGAAGCAUUUUCAUUUUGGCAUGGAGUUGUGUUUCACGCUCGGCACCACCAUCUGCUGGAUCCUGCUUGUCAUUCAGAUUGAGUCGAAGAAGUCCAACGGGUACUAUGCGUAUCCAUACAUCCAGUACGAGGCCGCUCUGGCGUUCCUGAUGGGACUUAUCAUGAUGGCUGAGUUUGGUCUGCUUUCGCGAGCCUGGUUCGAAUUCACCAACGACAGGACACGACAUGAAAGCGAGAUGAUGCAGGCGUAAUGCAUCAAAACAUUGUCCAGCGAAUUUUUUUGUACGCUUUUGAGCAGUCUAUUUGGCGAGGCGUUAAGAGCACAGGGACUAGAUUACUGGAUUGCAUUUCGGGGACAGGGUAGAGAGGUACUGACUUCUGGCGCCCAUUG